AAUAGACUUUAGUCAUCCAGACCAAAAUACGGGAGGAAGUUACUCUUAUUUUCUCUCAAGAUUUCUAUUGGUCUCGGCGUUGACUGCCCAUCAUGAGUGUGUAGGCAAGUGUGACAGAAGCCUACGGUCAAAGGAGGUGUUUGAGGCAUGGCUGACCCAAUGUUUGUUGCCCAGCGUACUUCCUCCAACCAGCUUUCUCUCCAUAUUAGUGAUGUCAUUGAUAUUAUUGGCCAAGAUGACCCUGAUUAUGCAGCAUCGGCCAUUUCUGUGUAUGGAGGGGUACAGAUGGGAGGAGGAGGAGGAGGAGGAGGGGCUGCAAGUGAAGCAAACUUUUCUACCAUUUCUUCUGCCAGUAGACCUGACCCCGAUCUGGAGAGCAAACGUAAAGCCUAUGUACGUAUUAUAGAACAGCCCCAGGCUAAGGCCCUUCGUUUUCGUUAUAUUUGUGAAGGACGUUCAGCUGGAUCAAUACCAGGAGUUCGAAGUACAACUGAAAAUAAAACUUACCCAGCUAUUCAGGUGGUAGGAUACAAAGGACCUGCUGUGGUGGUGGUGUCCUGUGUCACUGUUGACCCACCUUACCGACCCCACCCACACAACUUGGUGGGGAAGGAAGGAUGCAAAAAAGGCGUGUGUACAAUGACCAUUAACAAUGACUCCAUGCAGUGUGUCUUUAGCAACUUGGGAAUCCAAUGUGUCAAAAAACGUGAUGUUGAAGAUGCCCUCAAGUUACGAGAGGAGAUUAGAGUGGACCCUUUCCAGACCGGGUUUUCUCAUCGUAACCAGCCACAGAGUAUUGAUCUUAAUGCUCUGAGAUUGUGUUUUCAAGUAUUCCUCGAGGGAUCAGAAAAGGGGAAAUUUACUUUCCCGUUAAAACCACAGGUUUCAGAUCCAAUUUAUGACAAAAAGGCCACAUCAGAUCUGAUUAUCUGCAAGCUCAGUGACUGCACAAGCAGUGUGGCUGGUGGCAAAGAGAUUAUUCUCCUCUGUGAUAAAGUAACUAAAGAGGACAUUCAUGUCCGUUUCUAUGAGGUCAAAGAUGGAAUGAUAGAAUGGGAAGCCUUCGGUGAUUUCCAAGCUUCUGAUGUCCACAAGCAAGUGGCCAUUUCGUUUAAAACUCCCAGAUAUAAAACUCUUGAGAUAGAGAACCCCAUAAAGGUGUACGUGCAGCUGUUGCGACCAUCAGACAAGAGUACCAGUGAGCCACGGCCAUUCCAGUAUUUGCCUCUAGACUCAGGUAGGCCUUUCACAUCAUUUAAGAGGCUAAAGAACAAUUAUGGGUUAUUCCAACGUAUUCUUGGCCUGGACUCACCUUUGGCAGCUUCUACAACAAUAGAAGACAGUCUUCGUCACAAGACACCUCAGUCUCCCAGAUCAGGUUUUCUUGACAGUAUUACACUGGAGGAAACAAAACCAACACCACCAGCAUAUGCCAAAGUACCUUCACCUCCUGCAGCACAACCACAGCCCCGUCCACCCCCUUCAGCCUCACCCCCGCCACUGGCUCAGCCGAAGACUCCUACUCCCCCAUCACUCUCUCCUCCAAUGGCAGGAGCUUUCCCAUCACCAGGACAGAGUAUUGAUGACAUCAAGCAGAGACUCACAGCUACCCUAGACAGGAGGAGAGCAGGUGCUACAUCACCCAAAGCAAAUGUUGCCCAGCCUAGACCCUCACCCUUCUGGUCAGAUGAUGCUAGUGUGUAUUCAGAUCCAGACAUGUUGGAUGAUGUCCUCAGUCAGGGUAGUGUGAAUGACCUCCUAUCUGCAGUAGGGGAUGGUUUUGCAGUUUAUGAAGACAUAACAGGCAUAUCUGAUUCUGCAAACAACAAUCCGCUGAGUGGAGAUGCGGUUUAUGGAGAUGCAUCUUAUGCAUCGUGCUAUUCAAAUCUCGAGUUUGUGAUGGGUCAGGCUAGAACUGCAGCCACUCCAGGAACAACCACGGGAGGAAGUAAUAAAGUAGAAGAAACACCUCCAUCUUUACCCCCUAAGAAAAAUCCAAGAGGUUCUACUAUACAACCAGAUGAUGACUUUGGAGAGUAUGGUACACCCUCCAGUCAACCCAUACACCCAAAUAAAGCUGCUUUGUUAUUAGAAAGAGGUUUCCGUCUGGGUAAUAUCACCAGUGUGAAUAAUACAAAUCAGAGUUCUGCUGGUAAUCAUAGCGUAGAUAAUGCUUUAUAUUAUGAUCCAGGUGGGAGCCUUCAAGCGCCUCUAGGAUCAGCUUCAGAAUGUGAUGAACUAGAUGACAUGUGGGAUGAAACGUCAAAUCAGCCUCAGGAACGCACUUGUGAACAGUUGCCACGCACCGUCCUUGAUUUAUUUGUAUAAUGUGACGUUUUUCCCAUGGGCUAAGGGCACCUAUUUAAGGCACUGGAAAAAGUUAAAGAAGAAGAAGAGAUGAGAAAAAUUUGAGGAGUAUACCAGAAAAGAUUAAUUUAACUUUUUUAAAUGUACAAAAUUGGGUGUAUUUCAUAUUUCUAUUACUGUCUUUUAUGGUUGUUUUUCUUUAAACUUGUCUUAAAAACAUGUUAUUAGGUGUUUGAUAAGAAUGCUGUGCAAGAUUUCCAGAAAUAAGAGAAAUUCCCUCUCUGAGCUGUAAUUGCUCUUGCAUUGUGCACUUUUAUCAUGCCAGUGCAUUUUCUUUUAGGCUUCAGUCCUGAUAAUUCCUAUUCCUAUUGAUGAGUGACAUAGCUUUUUGGCAACAGCUUUCAUUCAGCCUUUCGUCAGAUAGUAUGACCUUUGAUCACUUCAUUUAAGAAUCUCAUACUCAUAUUUAGAAGCAGAUUAGGCUCUGGGAGGUUCAUUUAUGGCUUCAGAAAGAUUCCACUCUGGGGUCUCUACCAAUGUGGCUGAAUUUCAAGUCUCUUUCCAUAGUGUUCCUAUGAAAUGAUACUGUACUGUUUAUAUCAUGAAACAUUCAUUGCUGAAGUUUGUGCUCAUUUUCAUCUCAAAUGAUUAACUAUCAUACGUAUUUCAUUCACACACCUUGUCAAAAAUAAAUAAUAUACUGGGGCUGAGUGCAGUUUAUGCCUUUUUUUUAGUUCAGCAGAUGUCACUGAACAUUUGUAGGAUAUCAGUAGUAGGUGUUUUGAUGUUUGCUUAAUAUUUUAUGUUGUUGAAAAAGAAUUUCAGAUGUCUCUUAUUUUGUUUUGAUUUUGAUUUGUCUAAAGGAUAAAUGAGGAAUGUGUGUAAAACAGAUUACAUAUGAUAGUUUUGUUUUGAUUUUAUGACAACCAUUUAGUUUGUCUCUUAAAUUCUUGCUUUGAUUAACAUUAUAUUUUCACAUGCAUUAACUGCUACAGAAUUCUAGUCAGGGUUGAUCAGGUUGUGGUGAAUACUUAAAAUAAAAAUAAGCAGAGAUUAAUGUGAAGAAUUGUCAAUGCAUUCUAGAUCAGUAUAAUUGCAAACAUUUUAACAAGAAAACAGUUGAAAAUUGAUGUCCUGUGUGACAAUUUAUCAAAAUAUAGGUACUAAGGAAAUGUUUGUCUCUAGUCCUUGAAAAUAGAGGAAGAUGGAAUAAGAGAAAAGCAAUAUAUUUAUUUUGUAAAGAUAGUGAAACACAAGUGAUCCAGUAUAUUUUAUUUAAUAAUUGAAUGUUAAAAGAAAGUCUGUUUCAUCAGUGUGGUGAAAUAUGUUUGUAAGUCAUAAAAAAAAAAAAAAAACAGAGAAAAAAAAUCAGGAUACAAAACUAAUCAUUACUUAGUAUUCCUGUUUUUGUUUCUCAGAAAGGAGAUAUUGUAAGAAUCCUCAAAUGAUAUUCUCAUUGUAUAGGUAGAAUAGGAGGGACUUGUUCAAAUUCCUUUUUAGUUGACAUAAUCUUAUUACUAAUAUUUCUUUUGGGGUAGCAAAAAGUUUCCAUGUUGUGAGAGAUGUGGUGUACAAAUAGAGGAAAAAAGUAACUCACCAUAAAGGGUUCCUAGGAGAUCUGUCCUUCCUUUUAAAUUAUGAUUCAGGUGAGAUAUUUAGGUGCUUUAUAUAGUAAUCUAGUCAUUGAAUUUGCUUGUCAUAAUGUGUGACAGAUGUUUAACAACUGGUAACAUAUUAUCAGGGGAUCCAGCAUCUCCACAGAUCAGGCAAGGUGGGAGGAAGUUGUUAUAUAUUAAUUGAAUAUCUUUGUGUGAUGGAAUUAGGUGCUCAAAUACAGAGACAUACAACUCUAAAGAGUUGAAAGUGCAAUUUCAUUUGUGGUUGAUAUUUUAGCAGCCAUAUUUCAAACUGUUUGUUAAGCUGCUGGGAUGAUUAUGACAGGAAUUUGAAGAGCAGUUAACAGAGGCCUUUUAAAGACUGCAUAAAUAAUUGGCUGCAUAAACUGUUCAAGUCAGAACUCUUGUUUGCUGUUUUACAAUGUAUUUAAAAAUUCAUUUAACCCACUUCAACUACUUUUCACUGUAGUUUUAUUCUGUGAAAUGUCUCUGCACAUAGAUGGCUCCACAAGUGCUCAGCCACCAAGUUUAGUAGAUCACGUGACCAUACCUGACUUCCCAUUUCCUAGAGCUUUUGGGAUUUUUUAUCUAUUAAUGCUAUUAGUAUUCAUUAACAUAACUAACAUCCAUAAAAGAUAAAGAAAAUAUUGUCAUUGUAGAGCCAUCUAUGUGUAAAGACAGUUGAUAAAUCAAACUCACAAUGGACAUGGUAUGUACGUACAUGCCAUCCGUUUUGGCAUUGGGUUAAGAUUAGAAAGUCUGUCUUAAUUGAUAAGCUCCAUGGAUUAAGUAAGAAGACAGUAUUGAACAAUUUACUUUAUAUACUUUCUUUAUUAAAAGAGGGAAUAUUUGAAAUUUGGUAUAUGUUGAUCAUAUUUAUAUAUUUGUGGAUUUUACAUCCCUAUAAAAAUGCUGUUUAGAAAAUUGUAAUAUAAAAAAAAUCAAUGCUAGCCUUUGUUUUUCAAGUAUAAGAUAUUUGAUCUACCCUCACCAUCAUUGCAGCUCUAUCAGUAUCAACAUACAUUAGUUAGACUUCAACCAGAAGUGGGGCAAGAGUUUUGACAAGCACUGUACAAUAAUUUGGAAUGGCUGUGUUUGUAUGUGUGUGUAUGUGUCUAUACCUCAGCAUGUUUGAUAGCUGACUCGGUCCUUUUUUAGGAGCUAGUAUCAUUGAAAAUCAUCAAUUCUCUGUAUUUUUUAUGUACAAGCUUUUGAGUGUAUGCAAUUGAAAUUUAUUACGAAAAGGAUAGGAAUAAGUUUGUUGGAGAAAGGUCUCUAAGUUGAUAUGUUUUAGAGUAUAGGAGUAGGUAAUAUAAUGCAGAUUUUGUUUGUAUGUUACAGACUUUUAAGAUUCUUUAUUUAAUGAAUUUUAUCUACCAAGAUAGUACAAGUGUGGCCACAAUCACCCCCCCUCCAACAGAAAAUGAGUGCACAGGAUUGGUUUUCUGGUUGGUGCUUUUUAGUAUUGAAAUUCAGUUGCUGGUGGAAAUGUGUCAUUUAUUUGUCUCUUGGAAAGGUUGAAAAUAUAUAUGAUAGGGGAACUAGUCAUAGUGUAGUGUGGAAUCUUGUAUUUGGUAUUUUCUUUUUUUCAUAGAACAAUAUACUUACAAAACAAAAAAUCUAAAGGUACUGUAGGAUGUGUUCACAAUGAUUAUGUAGAACUGCCUCCCAAGCCGGACUUGGUCUGUGGGUACCACAUCUUCAUGAUGUCCUUACCAAGAUGAGUUGUUCUUGUCCAGUGAUGUGAGGUCCAAGAAGUAUAAAAUGUGUGUUAUAUUAUGCUUACAUUUGUUAGUGGAUGAAGAUUUAAAGAGUUUUAUUAGUUCAAGAUGGUAAUGUACUUUUUGACUUAAGCUGUUUCAUUGCAUGAUUUAUCAAUUUUAUAUUAAUGUCCUGAGCAUCUCAUAAAAGAAAACAGGUUAUUUUAGAAUUUACAGUUCAAUAGAGACUAUGAAAGGCCUAUCCUUGUAUAUAUGUCUCUGUAAGUGUGUAGUGAGUGUGCUCAUCUAGUUAUUGUAUGUCUGUGUUGACUUUUUUCCCUUUGAUUUUUGUAAAGGUACAAAAUUAUGAAAACUGGAAUUCAGACUUUUCUUGAUCUGAGACUAUUUAGCUAUAUUAGUGCACCACUGUUUUCUAGCUCUUAUUGUAAGCAAACAAGCAAUUACAUAUUCAUUUGACAAAUGGAAUAAAUGGAGGGGAAUCAGUCACAAGGUUAUUUGAGAUAUACAUAAUGACUACAGUGAUUUUUGUCAACAUAUGCCUCACUUACAUUCAAAAUUACUUAAAUCACAUAUGAAAGAACAUAAUGUUUGCUCCUUUCUGAACACACAUGGUCCUUUAUUUUUAAUGGUUGUUAUAAUUUGAUAACUGAAAAUUACUUUUAAUGUUAGUUGAUUAAGUUAUUAAGUACUUAUAUUAUAGUUUUGUCCAGUUAUGAAUUUGCUCAUUCACUCACUUGUGUACUCACUGAAGCACACUUAUUUGUACAAUGUUUAUUAUUUUAGGGUCAUCCCCCCCCUACACACACACACACACACACACACACACACACACACACACACACACACACACACACACACACACACACACACACACACACACACACACACACACACACACACACACACACACACACACACACACACAUUCAUGUUCAUAUUUGUCUUCACUCAUAGAUUCACACAUGCACGUGUAAGUGUACAGGCACAGGCACACUUUCACAAAGAUGUAUAUUUGUGAAAAAAUGCACUAUGAGUAAGAGAAGAAUGGGAUAGAAGUGAUAAUAGGUAUAACUAAAAUCUUGUGAAAUUGCUAAAGCAUUGGAUAAUUUUUACUCCAUAAAGGAAAAAGAAUAGUAGAUAGUUUAUUGGGGUAACAAUUGCCCAUCUUUUGAUUUUAAAGAACUAUCUUUUUCCAAACUUUAUUUUCACUAGAUUUAUUGUAAAUGGUAUCUUACUUUCUCUUGUUUUCAAAAACUAAUUUAACUUUUUUUGUUUGGAGCCAGGUUGCACAGUUAACAAUACAUAGACAUGUUUGAUGACUCAUAUUCAUUUUAUUGGUGCUUAAUUUGACGUAGACAGAAGCAAACACACAAGAAACAGUGUCCAUAUCAUGGAAGUACAUGUGGUUGUGGUAAAUGGUUCAGUGUUUUGAUUGCUCUGCACUCAUUGUUUUCAUGAUUUUUAUGUACAAUAUAUAGAUGUACUUUGAGGAAUGGCAUAAUAUGAUGGUGAUAAAAGUCUGAUAUAUUGUAUAGUAAUGAUCCUAAUAAUAGUCUGGACAAAGGGAAAAGCUCUGAAGAAGGAAUAACUAACAGAUAGAUUAUUCUUGGAAAGUGUACAGGGUUAGUCAGGAACAAGUAAAGGUAUAAGUAUGAAAGAUUAAGAGUUGAGUUGUUGAAAAUGUCUGAGUUUGCAAUGUUGUAUAAUCACACAUAGUGCACAUAUUAACAUGUAGGUAGUUGAUUAAGAGGUGCAAUUUUAUGAUUCAUUCUUAGGAAUAUCUGAGUUUGCCCCUACUUUUGCCUAGAAUAUUGUAUUCUUUUGACUGUCUUCUGUAUGUAUUUAAAAAAAAAAUAGUGAAAAGGAAAACAGUUUUUUAAUAGCUAGAUACAUCCAAAUCAGCAGAGAAACAAAUGUUGUAUUAUUAUCUUUGAGUUUAAUGCAAAAGAAGAGUCAGGUUUUAGACAUUUAAGACCUAAAUUUAUACCUCAUGUUGGUGUUUAUUUAAUGUUACCAUAAAUGACAGGUCAUUAAUUUCUGCUUUUAAACACUUUUUAGUACUAUUUCUUGUCAGGAAAUUGCUUUCAGGAACAUCAAGAAAUCUGCCUUAUUAUUGAGUGAUUAUGUCUGUUGUUGACUCUAUUAGUGGGGAAAGAAUUAUUUUAUUUACAGAAUAAAGUAGGGUUGAAUUUAGCAUGCUGUAGGUAUUGUGGGCAUUAAAUGUUUUUAUUCUGAUGUAUAUAAGUAAUCAUGGACCAAAUCACCCCAAUGUGAUAGAUCCAGUUAAUUGAAUUAUACAGAGUAGCAUGCUUGUCUUUUUUUCUUGUUUAUUUUUUCAUACUGCAGGAUAAUAGAUAGCAUAAUGUGUGAAUUACUGCAGUGUUCAGCAGACUUUACUGUAAACAUUGUUUCAAACAUUUUGUUACAUAUGUUUAUAUUCAUGGGUGUCACCUGUAUCAGGCUCCAAACCCAGCUGAUGGUCAGGGUACUUGUCUGCAUUGGCAGGGUAUAAUGGCUGGCCUAUUUACAUCAGUUGUGCUUACAGUUAGAAUGUUUUAGAGAAUGUAGAGGUUUUUGAAACUAAUAAUUUUGUAUGAUUUAUUAUACCUGACAUUAAGAAUAUAUAGCAUUUUGUAACAGGAUUUAAUUACCUUUAAGAAAAUUUGUUUUUGAGUAAAACAUGAAAGUUUACAUAUAGAUGGUGCUUCAUGCUUGUUACACAUGCACCGAGUUAUACAUUAUUCCGGCAGUCAAAGCUGGGUUCAAGUUAGCUAUGUUAAAAGCAUAUCACAUACCCAGGAAGCUGAAAUAUCUGAUUUACCUUGUUAUUUCUAUAUUGUAAUGAUAAAAAUAUUGUUAUUCUUCUUAAAACUUAAUAAGGGAUAUGCUGUGGUGUCAUUUCUGUUUUUAUGAUGAAUUUGCUCAGGCAUUUACUUAAAUUAUUUAUAGGGAACUGUAGAUGUUUAGCCAUUACCCAGAUCUUGCUACUUAAAUAAAAAUGCAAUGAAUGAAAGCUUUAUUAAAAGGAGCUUGUAUUAUCACAAAAAUUGUUUGUAUGUAUGAAUCAUUAUUAGGAAAUAAAAUGUGAUAAAAAUGGCAA